AUGUCUCCUACCAGCUUUGAUACAGGGAUUAUUUUCCUCAUUCAGACAGUACUUGGCAUUAUAGGAAACUCCUCCCUCCUCUGUCUGUAUACCUUCACUGUGCUCAGUGGACAUCUCUUGAAACCCAUCGAUUUGAUUCUCAGUCAACUGGUUUUGGCCAACUCUGUGGUGCUUUUCUCUAAAGGUAUUCCUCAGACAAUGAUAACUUUGGGAUGGAACUACUUCCUGGAUGAUACCAGGUGUAAACUUGUCUUCUAUUUUUAUAGAGUGGGCACUGGGGCGUCCUUCACCAUCGUGUGUCUUUUCAAUGGCUUCCAGGCCAUUAAGCUCAACCCCAGGAUUUGCAGGUGCACAUGGAUUCAGCUCAAGAUUCGAUCCCUAAAGUUCAUUGGUGGCUGCUGUCUCCUGAUCUGGUUCCUUCAUUUCCUGAUGAAUUCAUUUCUUCCUGUCAUUGUGGAUGGCCCAUUGAAUGAGAGAAAUCUCAGCAUAGAAACUAAUCAUGGGUCUUGCUCCUGGAAAAUGCCAGAACAUGCCUCAAUAUAUACUUUAUUGUACUUUUUUCCUGACAUGAUGACUUUGGUUUUCAUGAUCUGGGCCAGUGGGCUUGUGAUCCUUGUGCUUCACAGACACAAGCAGAGAGUCCAACACACCCACAGCUCCAGCCUCUCCUCUGGUGCUUCCAACGAGGACAGAGCCACAUGCAGAAUUGUCACUCUGGUGAUCUUCUUUGCAACCUUUUAUUCAGUCUACCUUAGUUUGACCUUGCAGAUGGUUCUUGCUGAAAAUAGUAGCAAGUGGAGGGUGAACAGCUCUGUACUUCUGGCAUCGUGUUUUCCAACAAUCAGCCCCUACGUGCUCAUUAUUAGUGACACCCGCAUCUCCCGGGUCUGUUUCACCUGCAAAGCAAAGGAUAAAGCUUUUCACUAA